AUGUCCGAGGCUCUCGAUAUUUCUUUGUUGAAGGGAACUCCCCAGCAGAGGGAGGAAAUCUCCGCUGCUCUGCUCCAUGGUCUUAAGACUCGGGGUGGUGUUAAGUUGAAGAACCACGGUCUUCCCGACAAACUCAUCUAUGACUUGUUUGACUGGACUCGCAAGUUCUUCGCUCUACCCCACGAGGAUAAGAUGCUAGCAAAGCAUCCUCCCAAGGCAAACCCUAACCGCGGAUACUGCUACGUCGGACAAGAGUCUAUCUCGACCAUCAGUGGGUUUGAGAAGGGGCUCCCACAGGGGAAAUUUGUCCGUGAUAUCAAGGAAACAGUCGACUUUGGCUCACCCCGCGACGAACUCGUAGACAACAUCUGGGUUCCAGAAGAGAAACUCCCCGGCUUCCGCAAAUUCAUCGAAGAGUUCUACGAAACAUGCUUCAAACUCGAACUCGAGAUCCUCGCUGCUCUAGCCCGAGCACUCGGCGUCGACGAGAACCAAAUGGUCGCCCUCCACAACAAAGCCGAGAACGAGUUCCGCAUCCUCCACUACCCAGAGAUUCCUGCCUCAGAACUGGCUGAUGGCACUGCAACACGCAUCGCCGAGCACACGGACUUUGGCAGCAUCACGAUGUUAUUCCAGGACUCUGUUGGCGGCUUGCAGGUUGAAGAUCAACAGAGCCCUGGUGUUUUCCGUGGCAUCGAGUCUGCAGAUAAGACGGAGAUUAUCUUGAAUAUUGGUGACUCGAUGCAGCGAUUGACUAAUGAUACGUUCCGUGCGGCGUGUCACCGAGUCACUUAUCCCCCUUCUGUUAAGGUUGGGUCUGAGGCGGUUAUUCCGGAACGGUACUCAAUUGCGUACUUCGCGAAGCCGAACCGCACAGCGUCGUUGUUCCCUUUUAAGGAGUUUAUUACGCCGUCGACGCCUUGUCGGUAUGAUGAUGUGAAUGCGUGGGAUUUCCAGAAUCUUCGAAUCUCGAGACUGUUUAAAUAA